AUGACUCGUGUCAGUCUUUAUGUAGGCGGUCAGGUGCGUAAGAUCCCUGUGAGAUCCCUGGCUGGGCUGCCACACCUGGAGUGGCUGGAUCUCCAUCAGAAUGAGCUGACCGACACCUCCCUCGCUCCCACCCUGUUCCGAAAUCUGUCAAUCCUGAAGAAACUCAACCUGGACAACAACAAUCUGACAAAGAUCCCACUUCUGCCACAAUCGCUUGAGGAGCUCAAGAUCAAUGACAACAAAAUCAGUUGGCUUACACCCCACAGCUUCAAAGGUUUGUUCAAACUGCUGACUCUGGAACUCCAAGGCAAUGGCCUCCAUGAGGGAAAGGUGUCCCCUCUGACCUUCAGGCCACUCCGGAAACUAAUCCAACUACGACUGGAUGACAACCAGUUUAGAGCAAUCCCAUCAGGGCUGCCUCCCUCCCUUCAGAGGCUCCGGUUCUCACAAAACCAAUUGGAGGAGCUGACAGUAAACUCUCUGAAGCUGAUCCAACUUAAGGUUCUGGUCCUGAGUCAGAACAGGCUGCAGGAUGACCGCAUAGCACCACGAGCAUGGACGCAUCUACCGAAGCUGGAGGUUCUUGACCUGUCCCACAAUGAGCUUCUCCGCAUUCCCUCCUUCUUGCCGGUUCCUCUGCGACAUCUGUCUGUGCACCACAACCAGAUUGAAAGCAUCCCGGGCCUGGUGUUUAGUCACCUCCGACCAGGCCUCGUGUACCUGCAUCUGGCGCACAACAGGUUGGAUGAGGGUGGCCUGGAAACUGCAGCCUUUCAGGGCUCGGAAGACACACUGGCUCAGCUGCUGCUGGACCACAACCAGCUGCGGUCUGUUCCAUCGGCACUUCCACGACUUCAAGCUCUGCGGUUGCUUCGGCUCGACCACAACCUCAUCAGAUACGUCCCACCGAACUCCAUCUGUGACACCCGGAUCCACAAGAACUCCACCCUGGCCUCCCUCCAUCUGGAGAACAACCCGAUUGACUGCAGUGACGUCCAGCCUGCCGCUUUCUCCUGUGUUGAGGUUGUUCGGGGACUUCAUCCCCAGUGCCACAAGGGGGAAGAAUAGGCCGUAUAGGAUGGGGUUCGCCCGAGUUACCACCUCCUUCUCUCUGCUCCCUGCCCUGUAUCCUCUUCCCACAUUUAUUUUAGCUGGGAAAACUUGGCCUUUCCUCAAC